UUCGUCAGGAGUCAGUGUCCGAGGGCGCGCCGCGCGGUGCAUUGUGGGCACGCGGUGACGUGUUCCCUCGGCCGGACCCAGGAUGGCUGACGAGAGCAGACAGAAUAAGCUGGCGUCGGCCAAGAAGAUGUUGAAGCAAUUUCAGCAGAAAUCAACUGCUCCUACACCCAGCGGAGGUAAAAAGAAAAAGAAAACAAAAGAAACAAACAGCCACCCUGACACGCCAACCAGCCGAUCUCCUGACCCAAUUCAGGCCUUACUGAAGGGGCUGGUAUCCGAUCUUCAUAGAUCCAAUGGGGUUUCCUUGCCUUCAUUGGGCACCAUGAAGGUACUCUUGGAUAGUGAAUCCUCUGCUCUAAGAGCUGACAUUUUAGCAGAGGAUGGCCCUGAGGGUCCUGAAACUCCCACCGCACCUUUUUCAGAUAACCCAUUUCCCCAGCAGACGGACUAUGAUGGUAUGAAGAUAUCUACAGGUGACAACAAGUCCCUGUCAUCAACGGACAGUUUGCGGCAGCUGUCGGAGCAACUGAAUGGACUUGUAUCACAGACUAACUCUUACGUAAAUGGAGAAAAUGUUAUCUCAACCACUAGCCCGGAACUGGAGUCUCGUUUCCAGGAGCUUGCUUCGGCCCUGGACUCCAGCAAUCUAACAAACAAACAACUCAGUACAAAGAUAGAGGAACUGAAGCAACAGAACCAGGAGAUAGGGAAUCAGCUUGACAAGGAAAAGAAAGCAUUUGAUCAGAAGUUCUCAAAGGAACAAGGAGCUCUGCGGGAGCAGUUACAGGUUCAUAUACAGACUAUUGGCAUUUUGGUGUCUGAGAAGUCAGAAUUGCAAACGGCCCUCUCGUACACCCAGCAAGCAGCACGUCAAAAGACAGCGGAGUCUGAAGAUCUUUCUAUGCGUCUGCAGUCUGUCAGACAAAGGGUGACAGAGCUGGAACGUACUUUAUCAUCUGUUUCCACACAGCAAAAGCAGGCAGAAAAGCUUAACAAGGAACUGGAAAAAGAACGAGACAACCUUCGACUUGAAUCCCUAAAAAUUAGCAAGAACACAGAUGAAUUAAAGCAGCAGAACUCGGAACUGUCAGAAAAGCUGAAUGCGCUUAUUUCUGAGAAUGCAAGCAUGCGACUGGAGGUUGGGGAUCUGCACAAAAGACUGGAGAUGGCAGACCUUAUGAUCCAACAGUUUUCUAGUCAGUCGGGGACUCCAGAUGCAAACCAGCAGCUCCGAAUGAUGCAGGAAGAGAGAGAUCAGCUUGGAGCCCAGCUAAUGCAGAUGUCAGAAUCUCUACAGCAGUUGAGGGCUGAACGAGACCAGUAUGUAGAGAAACUGAGGGAAGAAGGGGCCGUUUGGCAAGAACGGGUACAGCAGCUUUCUGAACAGAUCCAGUUGCUGAGUCAGGAGAAAGAGUCGUCACGGAUUGAGGUAGACAAGUUGGAAACGAGAGUGACAGAGCUGCUACUGGCAUCAGCAGCAGAGCCAACCGAAACAGAGCCACUUGCCCCUGCAGGGCCCUCUGAGCUGGAGCUUGCCCUUCGGCAGGAGUGUGAGAAACUGCAGCAGGAGUUGCACGGUCUUCAGUUACGGUACCAAGCCCAAGUGCAGGAUAACAGCCAGCUGAGCCGUCUCAACCAAGAGCAGGAGGAGCGAUUGUCAGAGCUAGAGAAAACCUUGCAGCGUCAGAGUGACGAUGACGUGGACAAGCAGCAGAUACUGGAAAACAUGCAGAGUGACAAAGCCACCAUCAGCCGGGCUCUGACCCAGAACAGACAACUGAAAGAGCACCUCGCUGAACUUCAGAAUGGAUUCGUUAAAUUGACAAAUGAGAACUUGGAACUCACAAAUGGCCUGCAGGGCGAGCAGCAUGUGAAGAAGGAACUGGCGAAGAAGCUGGGACAGUUACAGGAGAGCCUGGGGGAUUUCAAAGAGCAGCUUGCUGCUAAGGGAGAGGAGUUGCAGCUAUUGCAGUCUCAGCGAGAUGAGAUCUCUGCCCAUCUGCAGCAGUACAGUGCAGCCUACCAGCAGCUGGCUAUCGAGAAGGAGGAAAUCCAGAGACAGUAUUUACUACAGGCCCAGCUCAUGGACCGGUUGCAGCAUGAGGAGGUGCAGGGGAAAGUUAGUGCAGAAAUGCAUCUGAAGGAACUACAGCAAAGCAGAGAGAAUCUGGAACUCCUCACCAAAGAGAACCAGGAACUCCGAGCCCAAGUAUUGCAGAUCCGCAGUGAUCCAGAGAGUCGCGUGUUAAGUAGGAUGGAAGGAGACGGAGUGGAAAGUGAUGCUUAUGAUAGUGAAACACCUAGGACGACCCUUGUAAUUCCAGAGGAUUUUGAAAGCAGGGAAGAAAUGAUGGCUUUCCUGAACGCUGCCAUCUCUAAGUUGCAAGGUGAGCGUGAGGAGGUGGAGAGGUAUCUGGGAGAACAGAAGAGAUAUUGUCAGGAUCUCCUGCUGCAGAUUUCUGAACUGAGACGGCAACAGAUGUCUGGUUCCUUGCAUUACUCAGCAGAUCUCAGUGUGGAGAAUGUUCCCAGAGAAGUGUAUGAUGCCUUACAAAGUGCCAUGGACAAACUACAGCUCCGCUUCACUGACCUGAUGCAGGAGAGGGUAGAACUGAAGGAUCGGGUGGAAGAGUUGGAGCAUCGCUGUAUCCAGUUAUCAGGGGAGACAGAUACCAUUGGUGAGUAUAUUGCACUUUACCAGAGCCAGAGGGCAAUCUUGAAGCAGCGUCACCAUGAGAAAGAGGAGUAUAUUAGCAGACUUGCUCAAGACAAAGAGGAGAUGAAGGCCAAACUACUGGAACUGCAGGUGUUGGUCAUGAGGCUGGUGACUGAGAGGAACGAAUGGUAUGGAAAAUUUGUCGAAGCAACAAGCAGUCUGAGGGAGGUUGGAGCCACCGAAUUACCUGAAAAUGGAGAGAGGCCCAUGGAGCUCGGUGCCCCUGGAAAUGACACUCUGGAAGAGGUCAGUUUAGCAGAAGAUUCCGAACAAGAGAAAGUAGAGACAGAAACAUAUUCCUUCCCAUACCGAGACGGGUCAAGUCCAGCCACCAGCUCUGAAGACCCUACUGCCAAGCAGAUUAUGCAGCUCCUGCGAGAAAUCCAGAACCCUCAGGAGCGACCUAGUUCUUUGCUACAGAAUCCUUGCAUACCAUUCUUCUACCGUGCUGAUGAGCACGACGAGGUCCGGAUUUUGGUGGUCUGAGAUGGAAACUAUAGACAUUCUCCUGCCCCUUAGCCCAAACUUCCUCUUCCAUCCCAUCUCUUCUUGUGACUGUGACUCAUAAUCUCCAUGUGCACAGGAGAAGUGGUCACUUGGGGUGGGGUGGAGAUCUGAUUGGCUUGUUCCUCAGAUACUGAUAAUUAGAACUAUUGCUACCCUCGCCAAAGAUCCAGCACCUGGCAGUAUUGUUUGAUCCAUUACUAGGUCGUGAAAUGCAAGGAUAGUCACAAUCUCAAAGUUUUUGCCUUGCUGCAUCCACCAACAUAGAUGAUAGAAAUGUUCAGUUAUUUGUUAUCAUUGGUUACCAUUUUUUUGCCAGUCAAUUCUACUGUAUGGUCUUCACUGCCAUACUGUAUACGUUCAAUGCUGCCUGCGUAUUACACAACCUUAACACUAACAUUUUAAAUAGAGGCAGUGAAUGUUCUACGUAACUGGUUGGAGUAGACCGUUGCUGUUGUAGGGCCAUGGUUGACCCUUAAUAGUCUAAUGUAUGUGCAAGACCGGAUUUCGGACUGCCGUCAGCAGGGCAUCAAUCGUGGUCACGGCUGGUGAUUUCCUACAUAACAAAUGAUCAAUAAGUGACUUUCUGUUGCUGGCGAGGCGAUAUGGUGUGUUGAUAUCUUCUGGUGAUGUUUGACCAUCCACCAGAAUCACCACGGAAUGCCUUGGCAAAAAAUAUUUUACACGUUGGUUCCUCAGAAUCAAGAAAGAGCUAGGAAUGUGUUGGUUUGGGUUUUUUUCAGCCAGUGUUUGAGUUUGCUGCGGCCAAAUUCCAUGAAAGCGCAGCCACUUCGUAGAAUGGGUACACAAAUAUGGGUUUUAUGUAGUUCGGCCUCGAUAUGCAGCUGUUGCUGCCAGUGGAACGUUUGGAUACCUGGGUAUAAGGGGAAUUUUUAACUGUAAAGAUUCUGAAAUAAGUGUAUUGCGCUCACUGAAACAAACUGAAAGGGCAAUAAACAUAAAGGUAAUUUGCAGGUGAAUUUUGAAGAAUUUAAUAUUUUUAAAGAGGUUUUUUGUUUUUUGAGGACAAGAAUUGUACCAACUCAGAAAUAGGUGUAUAUUUUUUUUCCCCUCUCCUAUUUAGGACUCGAUGUUUAAAGUAAAGCAGGUGGCUAUAUAGCCCUGUAAUGUGUGCAGUCAUGUAACCGCAUAAGGACCAAUUGCACUUGGUCCAGUAUCCAGUAUAAGCACUGUAAUCAAAUCCUCGACGGCUCCUCUGCCAGCACAGAAUGACCUACGCGUUUGCAAUCAGCACUAGAUGAGUGGGAUAUUCUGUGCUGCAUUAGGAUCUCCGACGAAUGGAUUUCUAUGAUGCUAUGAGCGAUUGGUUCUUUAGGGGUUAAUCUAGAGCAUUUUUUUCUGGUGGUUUCUGGUGAUGCUUAAGAGUCUCUGCCAAAAUUAAAAACAAAUAAAUAAAACACCUUGCAGUAAUAUUAGUACUACUGUAGAUUUUAUUAAACCUUUGCAAAAUAAUCAUGCUGCAUAGCAGCUAUGUUCUGCACUUUAAGAGACUAUGUAUUAAUUUAUAUAAUCUAUUGGGAACUUUAAAAAAUCAUCUACAGCCCAUAUUCAUUUAUCCGAAACCGUUGAUAUACUGUACAACCCUUUAAGCGGUUUUGACUCACUCUUGGAGAUCACUGGCAUUAGAUUGUCAAUGUGGGUUUUACAAGCAACAGCUCCUUAGCUGCAGAUGAACUACACCUCCCAUGAUCCUUUGCCAGGCGGCUGGAGUGCUGACUUUCAGCUACCCCUAACUCAAAGUGGAUAAUCACUACAUAUAGAGAACACAUUGCAGAGGUUAGGGGUUCACUGCUUGACAAGUAGAACAAUUAAAACAAUUACUCUUUUGACUCCUUGGGGCUUUUGCAUAGGUAAUCUGAGGUUCAUUUGGGCAGAAUCUCGUGUGUCUCUUUUAGAGCGGAGCACGGAAGCAUUUCCUGUACAUAGUGUAUGUGUGUAACAUUUUGUAAAUUCCUGGUAAUGAUGCUGGAUCUCUGCAGCAUUUUUGUCUGCAGGUUUCCCGGAUACUUGUACUAUAAUUCGAUGGAGCUUCUAUAGAAGCUGUUAUGUCAUCUGAUUGGAAGAUUAUUAACGAGAAUGAUUGGGGGGGUUAUAAUUUAUUGGGUGUUAAAAUCACAGGUCAAGGGAGCCACACUAUCCAUUCUGUUGCUGAAUUGAUUUAAUCUUGUUGGAAAAUGUUCAUUUCUUUUUCUUCCUUUUCUGAAUAAAUGUAUUCAGCAAAACUUA